AUGGCUUCCUGCCGUGUGUGUGACCUCAGGACGCUGCUGGCCAUCGUGUGUGGGCUGAUAACCACCAUCAUCUUGGGACUGGGCAUCUGGAGGGCUGUGGUCAGGAUCCAGAAAGGAACACCUGACCCCACACCAAGCAUUCCUACAGGGUUCUGCAGGAAUAAUGGAACUUGGGGAAAUGGUAGAUGUACUUGUCCAGAAAAGUGGAAAGGAUUGAGAUGUACAAUUGCUAAUUUCUGUGGAAACAGUACCUCUGGGAAUUUGACUUUUGACGAAAUUACAGUGGGAAGAUAUGGACCUUCCUUGCAAACAUGUGACAAAAACACCCCAAAUGUGGGCAAGCCACGUGCAACCCGGCUGUGCAAUCUUACUGAAGAUGGAGUGAUAAAGUUACAAGAGCCGAUAUUAGGAAAUUGCUCUUUAAAUCUGGAAACCCUGGAGCAGGAGAUAGGCACAUCAAUGAAUUUUUCAACUAUUUCACAAGAAGCCCAGAUUUUAACAUCUAAUGCCAGUGCGUUAACUCUCUCGAACCUCACUUCUGCUACUAAAGUGGUUGGACAGAUUUUCAACGAAUCCAGAAAUGCUUCAAGUGAGGCAAAAAUAGUUGCUGUGACAACAGUGAGUCAACUUCUAGAGGCCAGAGAGAACCUUUUUCAAAAAGCUGCUGCUGCUGAUGAUAAUGCCUUUGAAACGCUUAUUAAGGAAAUGGAGAAUUAUUCCUGGUCUUUGGGCAACAAAACAGUGUUAAACCCUAAUAUAGCAGUACAGUCUGUUAUUUUGCCUUCAGGAGACACUGGGGAGUCUACAGGUGUUCGCUUCACUGUGCAGAAAGGAUCUAGCAAUUCUCUUGUUUCUGGUUCCACACAUGUAGAGACAAACGUGGACAGCAUUAAUCCAGAUCCAAUGACGGAACUUCAGAUCUUUCUUAAUACCUCAAAAGUUAAUGCCAGGUCAUGUGGCUUUGUAGUGUAUCAAAACAGCAAGCUUUUCCAAUCAAAACUUUUUACACCUACAUCAAGUAUUUCUCAAAAAAUUAUCUCAGGCAAAACUAAUAGCGCUGGAAAUGAUCAGAGUGCUUCUGUUAAAAUGGUCUUUCAUCCACAGUACGACAAAAAAGAAUAUGAGUUAAAUUCCUUUGCCUGUGUCUAUUGGAAUUUUUCAAAGAACGAUUGGGAUACAAAUGGCUGUUCCAAAGUUGGAGAAAAUAAUGGAUUCCUGCACUGCCACUGCAACCACACUACCAACUUUGCUGUGUUAAUGAGUCUCAAAAAGAACUAUAACUAUCCUAAACCACUAGAUGAAUUAUCCACCUUUGGAUGUGCCCUGUCCAUUACUGGUCUGGCUCUCACAAUUAUAUUUCAGAUUGUCACCAGGAAAGUCAGAAAAACCUCAGUAACCUGGGUGUUGGUCAGUCUGUGCACAUCAAUGUUGAUUUUCAACCUCCUCUUUGUGUUUGGAAUUGAAAACUCCAAUGGGAAGUCAAAGACAAGUGAUACUAAUGAUACUAAUUCUAAAGAAAAUACAAUUCCCACGCGUGGCAUUUUAAAGGUUUCAAAUCUCAGGUGCACGGUUAUUGCUGCCUUGCUGCAUUAUUUUCUGUUAGUGACCUUUACCUGGACUGGACUCAGUGCUGCACAGCUCUACUUCCUUCUAAUUAGGACCAUGAAGCCUCUUCCUCAACGUUUCAUUCUUUACAUCCUUCUGAUUGGAUGGGGAGUCCCGGCUGUUGUGGUGACUAUGACAGUGGGAAUUAUCUUUUCUCAGAAUCCUUCACAAUGGGAGUUAAACUACCGGCAAGAAGAAAUCUGCUGGCUGGCAAUUCCGGAAAACAAAGAUUUUAUAAAAAGUCCGUUGUUGUGGUCAUUCAUUUUACCUGUGACCGUUAUCCUCAUCAGCAAUGUUGUUAUAUUUAUUAUCAUUACAGUCAGAGUGCUGUGGAAGAAUGACCAGAAUCUGACUAGCACAAAAAAGAUUUCAUCGCUAAAGAAGGUUUUUAGCUCGUUAUCUAUUGCAGCUGUUUUUGGAAUUACCUGGCUUCUGGGCUACUUUAUGCUAAUUGAUAAUGAUAAAAUCAGGAUCAUCUUCAGCUACAUAUUCUGCCUUUUCAACACUACUCAGGGAUUGCAAAUUUUUAUCCUCCACACAGUCAGAACAAAAAUCUUCCAGAACAAAGCUUCUGAAGUGUUGAAGUCGCUGUCGUCAUCCACUGGGAGAAUGACGUUUCGGAGGCCAUCAGCAUCCCUGGGGCUGCGGGUGAAGAUGUAUAACAUGCUCAGAUCCUGGCCAGCCCUAAAUGAACGCUUUAGGCUGCUGGAGCCAUUUGUCAUGACCAAAGAAAUGACACUCUCUGAAAGUGACCAAGAAAACGAAAGCAUCUAG